CAAAUCCGAAACAGAGUGUUUUAUUUUGAAUCCUUCCGUGAAUAAACAGUCAGCCUUUCUAGCCUUUACUGCAGGCACAAGCAGAGCCAUGAACAGAUGCACACAGACGUACACAGCAGCAGGCAGCAUUGUUUAGUGAGCCCGGACAGGCCCGGAGCGUCUCCCAGCUCGGCUUUGUUGUUCAAAAUGGCGUUGAUGGACUGUCCUCGGCGGGGAGUGUGAUCACCCUGCACGCCACCACCCAGCCGCCUCACACCUAAGGCGUGGCUGAGUGGGUGUUGCCCAUCCCUUACUUGUGGCAGUCAUGGAUAGACAGUGGUCACUGUAAUUGAGUGGUGCCAGAUAACAUGGCAGAUCUAUCUGAGCACAAGGAUGGGGGAGAUGAUGGGAAGCCAGACACUGCAAUAGCUCUGGCGGAAGGGUCUUCUGAACUGCAGUGCACUUCUUCAGGAGUUUGUGGUGAUGACCCUCACCAAAGCAAACGAUCAACACUUCUGUCUUCAGAACUGCAUCAGAAUGAAUGUGGAAGCGUUAGUGUGCACUCAGUGGAAGCAAAGGGUGCAAAGUCUUAUGAAGAAGCAGCAGGUAACCCAAGAAAGCUGGUGCUUGAGGAUGGAAAUGAGGCACAAAAGGACUUUAAGAUACAGGAUGAAACAGUUUGUGGUUUUGAUGAAUCCAAGCUAGCAAAGACAAAUGUGUCUCAGGCAAAGGAUCCUCCUGACAAAGAGAAUGAUCAAGGUGAAGGGAAGCUUUUAGCCUCUGAGCAGAAUGAGGCUCCACCUCAGGAAGAUGCUUCAAAUGAAAUUCAGUCUGUUAGUACAAAACCAUCAGAGACUACUGUAUCCUUGAAUAACAGUAAUAGUGAGCAUCCAUCACCUUGCACUCUACCAAUGUCUGAAGCGACACACACUAGAGACAUAUUAAAAGAGGCCAAUUCAUCCACAGAAACUCUUGUCCCUUCUACUCUCGGAUGUCAAGAGUCAUUAACAAGUUUAUCAAAACCCUCUUUAUCUACAGUAAAGUCACCUGAAUUAAAUCUAGAUUUAUCAAGCUUUGUAUCAAGUGAUCAUCAACAAGAAAAAUUAAUGGAGGCUGUGGUAGAGUCACAGGACUCCUCCAAAAGUAGCUUACAAUUUGAGUGUGUAGAGCCAACUGGGGUUGAAGGUAGUUCUACACAAUCAUCUUCCAUCUCUUCAUUAAGUGACCUGUGUUCGGCAAGUGAAGUAAAGCACACUAUUAUUGAUGCCGUUUCCCAGUCCUAUUCUGUUACAUCUUCAGCCACACAGAUAAGCAGUGUCCAGCAGGAGUUGGGUAAUGAUGUGGUACAGUUGGUGAAUCAGAGUGAGGAUAAAAAGACUGAGCCUCACUCACAGACUAGUAAAACCCAGUGCCCACAGGAGUCUAUCAGUGCAGAAAAUAAGAGGCAGGAUAGAGACAGUGGUGAAAAGGAUGGUGCUAUUAUUGAACAAGCAAAACAUUGUAUGGAAAAUGAGGUGCCUGAUAAUUCAGAAAUCCUUACUGGUCAAAGUGAAAUGAAUGUAGAACAGAAUGAAAGUUGUAAUGAUGUGAGUUUAACGAGUGAAACAGGUAUGGGAACACUGCCACUGAUAGUAGCCACUCAUUCCUUGUCUCAAGAACAAGAUACAGAGAUGUCUGAAAAAAGGGUGCAAACACCUCUAGAAUCCACCGAAAUGGAUGCCACAAACAAGAAAAUAGUGCCGUUAUUAGAAUCUGAACCUCUCAAGCCAGUUACCAUUGGCAGUAGCUUACAGCCUUUGGAAUUAAUUCAGGAGGCAUCCAUGGUGGAGGACACACCCAUCACUACAGACAUAGCCAUUAUUGAUAGCAGUGCUGAUGAAGCUGACAGUAUUGGUGGGCUGGUGAUAAAUAAUGUGAUUGGUGCGGCUGAUGGAGUGGUUGACUUUCACCCUGAUGAUGCAGAAACAGAAAAGGAACUGACUGACAUUAGUGCAUCAGCUCCCCUGCUAGGGGAAGGUAGUGACUCCAGUGAUGAACAUGGACCUUGUGCCAAGAGGAGAAGGUUGGAGAAUGGACCAAAUGGUGUGGAGGACAAGUCAAAUAGUGCAAAUAGAGUCAUUUUUAAGGUUAUUCCUGUGAAAAAUGGUCAUGGAGUGUGGAAUUCUCAGAAAUUACAGGAAGUUCUGUUAGCUAAAGGUACUAUUCUCCUUCAAAUUCAUGCAUCCAAGGAAAGCAUGGAACUGUUCGAAGCAGAGAAAGAUGAGAAAAAAGUGGACUUCACUGCCAUCAUGGCAGAGACAAAGGAUGACGACCAUGACCAAAUCUCCUUUGUCACUGUUGAACCAGAGGGUGAUGACCCUUUGGCUGUAUCAGCCUCCCAUCCAUCCUUCAGCCGCCCUUUGCCACACACCCAUAGACUAUCCACGGCCCUCCAGCCAGCCAUAUCAAGACCAGCAUUCAAGCAUCUGCAAACCCCACAGGAAUUUCACAUGAAGAAUGAGGUGCUUGGCCUGCCACCACCACUGGAGUUUGAGGAGCCUCAGAUGGGUAAUACAGACUGGUCAGGUUUUGGUUUGAAUAGCAACCCAACCAAGCAACAAAACACUCACCUGUCUUUGGGAACCAUACCUUCCCAAGCUCAAACAAUCCAGCCCAGAUUCCAGACUAUUAAGGUGACCAAGGUAUGUAAAGUGUGUGGUAUUGUACUGAACACCCCUGCAGAGGCUGCAAAGCAUCUAAAUUGUAUGUUGUGGAAGUGUGGGAAAUGUCAGUUUCAAACAAAGACUUUAGCAACUUUCAAUGAGCAUUUGAAGUUACAUCAAAUGAAACACAGUUGCACCCUAUGUCAUGAGGCUUUUAGCAGUCCUAUUACCCAUGCAGUUCACAAAAGAAAAAUACAUGACUUGUAUGAUUGUAAGUAUUGUUUUCGUGAGUUUACAAGCAAAACUGAAUGGUCUAAUCAUAUAAAACUUACUCAUGGAAAUAAAAGAAAUGUUACACUGCCAUCAAGUGAAGGUCCUUUCAGCAAUGAAAUGUUAUUGCCUAAAUUUCCAAUAUUAGUACCUGGCCCACCUGCAGGAUUAAUUAUCAGUGCAUCAGAAGCUAUGAAUACUGUUUGUGGAACUAAUGUACAGCAGGCUCCUGUACUGUUCAACAAUCCACAGCUACUCGGUCACAGAAAUCCUACAGAAAAACAGCCACUGACACCCAAUGAUGUUCAAGGGAUCACUUGUAAAGAGGAACCAUUGGAAACUGAAAACAGCAAUCCUGGAACUGUUUUAGUAAAAUUAAAAUCAAAGCGUAGGAGGAGAAGUACAUCAACUUCUAAAGUGGUUGCAGUGCCCUGUGAGUUGUGUCCUGCAGUCUUCAAAACUCUCACUGCCCUACGUAUUCAUACAAAACAAAAGCACACAGAAAAGCCAAAGUGUCCAGCUUGUAAUAUUACAAGAUCUACCUCAAGGAAAAUUUUUCAGCAUCAGAUUACUGCCCACAAAGAAAAACUCAGAUGCCGUCAUUACUGCUUGGCACUUUUUGACACACGAGAGGAACUCUCAGCUCAUCACAUAAGUGUGCAUAAUAAGGAUGACACUGUAAUGAAAUGCAGACAUUGUGGGAAGAAUUAUCCCAGAGGAACUUAUCUGGAACAUCUUCAAGAUUGCAUUGGAGAGAUUAAAUGCAAACGCGUAAAAACAUGUCCUACUUGCGACAGAAAGUUUGUAGAUCCUACUGAUUAUAACCAUCAUAUCAGAACAUGUGAAUCUUCCUCUAUAAAAGAUGAUGGUGAGAAUGAGUCACCCACUGCUAGUACCUCUGCUGAGAACAACCAAGAGGAAAAACAAAAUCUUACAAAUCAGUUAGAACUAGAUAAGAUGCUGGAGGAAUCUUCAAAAUCUUCAGAAGAGAACCAGAAACUGAAAGAAGACAAGGACAGUCAGCUGAAGACUAAUCAAUUUAAAUGUAGAUUUUGUUCCAAAGUAUUCCAGUGUAAAGAUGAUGGUGUUGAUCACAUGGUGAAUCAGCACAACACUGCAUUUUCUUGUAUGAAAGAAUAUAGAGUAUGUGAUAUUUGUGGCAAAUUAUUUAUCUCAGGACUAUCACUCUGUAAACAUGUACUCAGACAUUAUGAGAGAGGUAACAUGUGGAAAAAAAUCCUUCCUGCAAAUUUUGGCUUGGAAGACAUAAAAGUGAAAUGUUGGGUAUGUAAAACAUCAGGCGUUUCCCAUAGCAAAUUUCAUACUAAAUCCAGAAAUUUAGUUAUUGAAAAUCUCCUUUCUGGUAAGACUAGUAAAAUCACUGCGACUGAUGAAGAUUGUACUUUUAAUUGUAAUCUGUGUGAGGAAACCUUCACUGAUAUACACAAAUUUUGGAACCACAUCAAGAUACAUAUCACCACACCCUCUGUAGAUAAUGCAAAAGACCCCAAACACUUCUUAUGUCCUAAAUGCCCUCAGAAGUAUGCUGUACAAUCUGAGUUGCUUGAGCAUUUGGCACUACAUCUAAUUCAGCAGAAUAUUCCUGAUGAUAAACUUGAAAAACCAGCAAGCAAUAAUAUGUUUACUAAUUCCAUUGAUAAGAUGGGUAGGGAUCUCAAUGAAGGAGAGUCACUGGAUGAAAGUGACAGCACAAAGCUGAAGACAGAUGUAUCAGAUAACCCUGUAGGGACUUAUAAAUGCCUGUAUUGUGAACAGGUUUCUAGUAUCAAAAGUGAUGCAUUAAAUCAUUUACUUAGCAAACAUGUAGAUAACUUAAAUGUCAUGAUUAAUGGCAAAACCUGCAAUCAUUGUGAACAGUCAUUUGUGAAAUCCUAUGCCCUGUGCUCUCAUAUUUUAAAGCAUUAUAUUGACCUUGGUAAGUGGGAAGACAUGGUUCCUAGGAAUUUAUUAAGUAAAGUAAAUAGGCAAUUUUGUUGGAUUUGUAAGACUGCCUUAAAGACAGGUCAUUCAGCUCACAUGAUUAGGCGGAAUAAUACCAUUGAAGAAGCACUAUCUUGUAGAACUGAAGAGCUUGAGGAAGAUGAACAGUUUCAAUGCCCUUUGUGUGAUUUUUCAUGUUCAAACAGAUACAGUCAUUGGAAACACAUCAAGCUCCAUUUGUUUUUGAAUAGACGUUCUUUAGGUCAUGUAGAUACAAAUUCUGAAGUUGAACAGUCUACUGUCUUGCAGGAUUCACAACAUAAAAAGUUUAAUUGCUUGAAAUGUAAUGAACAAUUCUCUGAAAUACUUAGCUUUCGUAGACAUUUAGCUUGUCAUUUUCUUAGCCCAUUUAAGGUAAAGAAAAGAAAAAGAAAUGAAGAUGACAGUGAUGAUAAACAUGUGAGUAAAAAAAGAAAGACAAUGACUCUCAGAAGCAAAUCUUUGAGAUCAAAUAGUGGUAUUGUAAGAUGUACUCGUUGCUUCAUGACAUUUGAAAGUACUAAUGAGGGUGUGUCUCAUGUCUUGCAUGCACACAAGUUCAAAAUGACAAAUGUGAAAGAACAGGCUCUGACCUGCAAAAUGUGUGGUUCAAAGUUUAAAGGUGCAUGGUGGUUAUGUAGGCACAUUGUCAACCAUUACUGCAAUCUACAAAUGUGGAAUGAUCUUGUACCACGAGACAUGGUGAAUGCCCUCAAUACAAGGAAUCAGUGUUGGAUCUGUAAGUGUGUGCUGGACAAAAAUUAUGUUGGCCAUACCAGCAAGCGAAAUGCAUACAUUGGAAUGCUACUGACAGAGCAUUGCAAAGAGGAGGAAAGCAAGUUUGACUGUUCUCUGUGCAAUCAGGAGUUUUCAACAAGAAAUGAAUUUUGGCAGCAUAUGAAGCUACAUCUAUCUAAACCUUCAAGUGAUUAUACUACUCAAAGUGAUCUCAUACAAAAGGAAAAGAAGGAAAACUAUGAAUGUAGUGAUUGUUCUUUGCAUUUCAAGAGUGAAAAUGAAUUAUAUAAACAUCUAGCUUUCCAUUUUCUUGAAUAUACCAAUAAGGGAAAGUUAGAAACUGACAUUAUGGUGGAAGACCAUCAAAGUGAGGAAACUGUGCAAACGGAGGAAAGCAGUGAAGAUGAUGAGUGGCUUCCUCCAAGUAUAGUGAAAAAGAGAAAAGCUGAAAAUAAGAAACUGGAAGAAAGUAAUGAUUCUGUAAUCAAGAUUGAGGAUCAUGAAAUUUUGGAAGAUAUCAGUGAAAUAACUAUCAAGAGUGAAGAUAUUGGUAUUGAUGAAAUGUAGAAUGAUUGUAUUCUUAUGAGGUGAAACUGAAAAUGUAAAACUUAAAUACUUUAUACAUCUUAGUAAAUUUUUUGAAAUGGGGCUAUUAAUAAACAGUGCAUGCCUAAUAUUAUUACAAUCACAAGGCAAACAUAGAGUUUGUAUGAGCUUAAAUGAUUCAGUAUAUUUGCAGUAUUACAAAAUGUGUGUGUGUGUGUGUGUGUGUGUGUGUGUGUGUGUGUGUGUGUGUGUGUGUGUGUGUGUGUGUGUGUGUGUGUGUGUUUACCUAUUUGUGAUUUACAGAGCUGAGCUUAGCUCUUUAUGUCCUGUCUCUUUGUCCACAUUUAUCAAGUUUGUCUUUCAUCUGGCUGACACUCGCCGCACACACCACCUCUCUACUCAAUUUGUUCCAUUUGUCAAUGCCAUGAUAUGGGAAACUAUACUUCUUGACAUAUCCCAUACAACUGUCCUUUUGUAUUUUCUUUGGGUGUCCUCUCAGUUGAUUGUUGGGAGACAUCCUUAUCAAGUCUUCUCUUUCUAGGAUAUCCAUUCUUUUUACUAUUUUAUACAUUGUUAUCAUAUCUCCACUCUCUCUUCUAAUGUGAGGAAAUCCAGUCUUCUUAAUCUCUCCUCAUUAUGGCACCUCCUUAAAACCUGGUAUCAUCCUUGUUCCCAACUGCUGCACUCUUUCUAGUUUAUUCACAUGUUUCUUCAUAUGUGUCCAUAUCACGGCUGCAUAUUCCAACUGUGGUCUAAUUAAAAUGAUUAAUAUUUUCUUUAUCAUAUUCUCAUCCAAGUAGUUGAAUGAGAAUCCAAUACUUUGGAAUGUGCUGUAAGUUUUUCCAAAUAUUCUGUUGUUGUGUUUUUCUGGUAUGUGUGCAUCAUUAACUUGGAUUUGGUGUGUGUGUGUGUGUGUGUGUGUGUGUGUGUGUGUGUGUGUGUGUGUGUGUGUGUGUGUGUGUGUGUGUGUGUGUGUGUGUGAUUUUUAUACCCCUAAUAUAUUUGUUAUUUUUUUAUUUUUUUAUUUUAUUUUUAUUUAUUUAUUUUUUUUUUUCCUGUCCUGCACAUUUUAUAAUUCAGUGUUCAUGUAAUCCCCUACAACAAUCAUUACUUCAGCUUGUUUCUUAUUUUCUGUUUAUUUAUUUAUUUUUUACAUGAUGAGUGUAUUCAUAAUGGUAUUUACCUAUUUCUUCUAGAAUAUAUAUGCCUUUACACCAGUCAGAGGCUUAAUUUGAGCAAGUACUGAUGUCUGUCUGCAACAUUGCCUUGACAUGGGAAACCUGUCCUAUAAGGUUUAUGUGUGGAUGGAGUGUCUGGUAGAGUAUUGCAAGGAUUACAUACUUUGAUGUGUGUGUGUGUGUGUGUGUGUGUGUGUGUGUGUGUGUGUGUGUGUGUGUGUGUGUGUUUGUUUGUUUGUUUGUUUGUUUGUUUGUUUGUUUGUUGUUCGUGUGUGUGUGUGUGUGUGUGUGUGUGUGUGUGUGUGUGUGUGUGUGUGUGUGUGUGUGUGUGUGUGUAAUUUGCCUCUUACAAAUGCAUAUUUUUUUCAUUAGUGACAUGAUGAGCUUUUACAAUGACAUUGUAUCUUAAUAAGAGAAAGUGUGUAUAGUGAUUUGAUAUUGUAUUAAUGUAAUUAUUGAAUGCUAAGUAGAAAACUGGUAAAUCAGCAUAAUGUAUAAUCGGAGUAAAAUAUUUUUUUUUGUACAAUACAUAUGUAUAUCAAUUUAUUCCAUUAAAGUUAAUUUGGGCAUUAUAAAA